GCCGCCGCCGCCGCCGCCUGGGGAUGCAGAGAAGAGGGGGCUGCUGCUGACCCUCUGCAACACAGCUGCUGGGGUUGGUGUGAGUGCAUUGCGCUUCUGAAACAUCUUCCAUCCAAGGAGGUUUACCAAUAUUAGUACAUUAAAUUGAUCAACAUCCCUGAGAGGUAGUAAAAGCAGUGAGCACAAGAAACAUCUACGUUUUCUAGUGUAGUGAACUGUCACCCACAACCAACCAUGCCUGCAGAAGGAAAAACUGACAUGGAGAGGAUUGGCCUCUUCAGUGAAAUGGAGUAUGUUACCAUUGGAGAUAAAUAUGCCUCACACUAUAUGCGCCCUUUCAAUGAAGCUGCAAGCAAGAACAAACAAAUGUUACCUGGGGGUACCAAAAUGCUGUCAGCUCUUCAGGCAGGUUACUUUGAGCCUCAGUUUGUGAGGGUUUUCGAAGGUGAAGCCUACUCAAACCCUGUGCAACUAAGGAGGCGAUAUAGAUUGGUAGAGUCAAAGAAAAAUGUGGGCAAAGCUUUCCUUCCAAGCAAUGGAGUCAAACUGCCAUGUGGAAUGGGUACUUAUUAUGGAACUAUAGGUGGUCCAUAUCCAUUCUUCAGUGCACAACUAAGAGGGAAAACAGCAUAUGCUCCUCCUGGAAAGAACCUUUACACAAGUCCUGGAAAGAAAGGAACUGGAUAUGGAUAUCCAAAUCUUACCAUAGGCAAACAGUAUCCACACUCAAGUGAUGUGUAUGAAAGCGGAAAAAUGAAUGCAAAGAAGGCACAUGAAGACCAUCUGCGUUUGGUUAAAGGAGGGCCUUUCAAGUUAAAUCUCUAUCCUCGGGAGUAUUUUGACUUAAAUCCAUAUUAUGAUGAUAAACCUUUGCCACCAGCUAAGAAACCAACCCCAGAAAAGCCAGUUGCACACCCCUUUAAACCAAGUUCUCCUGCUAAAAAGUCAGGGGGCAUGAAAGCAGGAACAUUUGAUCCUUAUCCUUCCCAUUCUGCUGAGCCCUAUGUGGUUAAAUAUUCUAAGCCCAUCACAACUAAUAAAGAAGGACGGAUUUUUCAUCCUCCUUCUGGAUCAAAAAGCAGGCCCUCUACAAGUAUAAUGGCUUUAAAUGUUACAAGCCUUUCAGGUACAACAGUGGAGUAGCCAGUUAUGCUGAUGUCCGAUUAAAGGGAAUCCACACUCCCAACAACCAUCCCAGAAAACUUCUCAGAGAGAGCAUGCAUACAAUGGAGAUCGCUUGACCCAUGUCGUAGCAAAAGAUCUUUCCAGCAAGCUGGAAGAAACUAUAAAGGAGGGGAUGUGACAUCAUGAAUUGACCCCACUCCCCCCACAACUCAACACUGGAAACACAUCUGAAGGACAAAGACUUGGAACUGGGGAGGGUUGUCCCAGGCUGUGUAUCAAGGAAAAAUACCAUCUGUAAGGGUGAGACACUGCUUGAUUCAAAUACUGUUUAGUUUAUAGAAUUCAUACUGCAAAUUUAAUUUAAUUUGUUAAGUAAUUUCUUAGGUAAACAACACUCCAGUUAAGGCCUUAUUAGUGCUGAGUAGAGUGGAAGAAUUACUUCUUGUGUCUUACUUACAACAUUCCUGCUAAUACAUCCCAGAAUGAUGCAAAAAAAUGAACAACAAUAUUAUAUUGCUGACUCAUACUUAGUUUGUGAUACACUAAAACCCCCAAAUCCUUUUCUGCAGCAUUCCUUCCUAGGCAGUCAUUUCCCCUUUUUGUAUUUGUACAAUUGAUGAGUCCUUCCUAAGUGUAGUACUUUGCAUUUGUCUUGAAUUUCAUCCUAUUUAUUUCAGACCAUUUCUCCUGUGUGUCAAGAUAAUUUUGAAGUCUAAUCCUGUCCUCUGAGGUCCUUGCAACUCCUCCCAGCUUUGUGUCACCCACAAACUUUAUAAAUGUAUUCUCUAUGCCAUUAUCCAAAUGAUUUAUGAAGAUAUUGAACAGAACUAGACCCAGGACAGAUCCCUGUGGGACCCCACUCGAUAUGCCCUUCCAAUUUGAUUGCAAAACAUUAAUGACUAUUCUCUGAAUAUGCUUUUUCAAACAGUUGUGCACAGCGCACCCACUUUAUAAUAGGUUCAUCUGGGCAAUAUUUCUCUAGUUUAUGAGAAUGUCAUGUGACAGAGUGUCAAAAGCCUUUCUAAAGGCAAGAUCUAUCACAUCUGCUGCUUCCCCCUAUCUACAAGGCUUGUUUCCCUGUCAAAGAAGGAUAUUGGCUUGGUCUGCCAUGAUUUGUUCUUGACAAUCCAUGUUGACUGUUACUUAUCAGCUUUCUGUAUAUGCAGAAAUAUUUCAUUUUCGGAAGAGACACAGUUGAUAAAGGAUUACUCUCUCCACAUUAAAACAAGACUAGAUGGCUAAGCUUAUCUUUUCCCCAGGCCUAUGCAAAUAGAUGGCAGGGACAGGGAUCAGUAGUUCCACUAUUAACGACAGUGUAUAAAGUUAAGUAUAUGAUCAGUUCUUUGCAGCAUCAUGACCUUAUUUUUUUACACUAGAAAGUGAGUUGAAAAACUAUUCCUGAAAUGUUAGCCUAGCAUUUUUGGGUAAGUAGUGUUUUAAAAGUAUGGGCCAAAUUCUGCUCUCUCUUAAACUGAUCAGGAAUAACUCCUUUGAAGUCAGUGGAGUUAUUUCAGAUUUAAACCACUGUGAAAGACUUUGGCCCCCUCUCUUUUUCUAAUUCAGCUCCUUUUCCCUUGCAACACAGCCUGUUUUGAGGUCCUCCUUGGCACUGUGAUUAGUUCAGUGCAAGAAUCUAGAUAGACUGUAUAGAAUAAACUACCUUAUGAAUUAUUUUAUCAUAUAUUGAGUAGCAGAUAAAACACAUAUUUAACAUGCACGGUAAGCUAAAUAUAGCUUUAAUAAGCUAAGUAACUGUAAUGUUCUUUUAAAUUGUGUAAAAUAAAAACAGGAUCCUGAUUCUUAGGAUAAAAUAUAUUUCAGCUAUUGGCAAUACCAACAGCUUAAAUGAUCAUGUCUAUUAAUUUUAUAAGAAUUAGGAAAUUCAUUUUCAGAGAAUCAGCAUAAUCUUUGAUUUUUAACACAGACUACAGUGUUUAACAGAGCUAUUGGUUUGUUUAAUCAUGUUUUGUGCAAAAGGAAGUUGUUUGGUUUGAGACUUUCGUUAAGAUACCCUAAAAAGUAAAAAGUACCUAAAAAGUUGGUGCAGGAGAUUGUUGGGUUUUUCCUUUUAUUUUAGGAAA